CAGUAAUAGGAUAUAAAAUAGGGGCUUGUUUUACUAUUGAUUCCUGGUUCUGAAGCAGAGUUACUGAGAUAAAUGCCGAAUAUAACACGGUUGUACAGCGACAAUGCGCUGCCAGUUGCCGCUCUGUUACAUUAAUUACAGUAAUAGUUUUAUUCUUACUCUUAUGCGAAUUACGGUAAUCACCUGGAUGACGUAAUUGCAUCAGCCGCAUCACGACGACAGAAGCAACCGGCGCAGGGACAGGAGAGCGACUGGCGCUGUGCCUUUAAGAAAAACAUUCAAAAAGAAAAGAAAAGAAAGAAAGAAAGAAAGAAAGAAACGCAAAACAGUCCCUCGGUGAAGGAUCAGAGGAAUCUCGUUGCCGGUGCAAAGUGCUGCAGUCGGUGAUCUGGAAGGGUUGAAUUUGGGUCGAGAGGGAGCGUGAUAAAUAUGGUGGACGGUAUGGGGCAAAGCUAAGAGCGGCAUCCUUAAACAUUGCAGGCAAGCAUUCCUCACCGGGAGCCCGGCAGGGACCUGCUGUUUGCAUCGUUACGAGCGGGAGGCUGAAUGAAUGAAAGACGAGCGGGCUCAACACAAGCAACACGGGACCCGGUGGAGAGAGAAAUGCACUGGAAGAAACCAGAAGGAAAAGUUUAGUUUUUUGUUCACGCAUUUCAGAAUUAUUAUUAUUUUUAAAUCAUUAUAAAAAAAAAGCGGGUAGCAAAGGAAACAGUAAAACACAAUCUACUUGCUCCAAGAGCGAAGACACGUACGUGUUAAUGUGAAGCAAUGCUUUGUAAAAACACCAUUUUUAAGGAAAUAAAAAUAAACUAUGGAGGAAGAUCGUGGAUUUUUUAAAAAAUAUAUUUAAAUGUAAAAAAACGUGUUUGCCUGACUUCAUGACGUGAAUGAAACAUUGACAUCAAUUACAAAACCCCCCGCUACUUUUAAAGCAUAACAGAAGACAUACACUGAAGAAAAGGAGUGUUUGGAUAUUAUUACUAUUAUUAUUAUUGUUAUUAUUAUUGUAAAGUAGCAGGCUGUUUGUCUUGGUGAAGCAGAGCGGUUAUCACUUGUCUCAUGACACGGGAAAGUCAUUCACACUUUUCAAACUGGGACCGUUGCUGUCCGGCACUGUCUGUGUAAUUGUCACUCUGAUGCAGUAGAGAGGAGGCUAUGUGGGCACUUUCCUGAAAUGCCAAGGGAGGAGUUGCCAUUGCCAGAGGGUUGGGAAGAGGCGCUGGAUUUCGACGGGAAAGUUUAUUACAUUGACCACAAAAACAAAACCACCAGCUGGAUCGACCCGAGAGACAGGAACACCAAGCCUCUAUCGUUUGCUGACUGCAUCGGAGAUGAAUUGCCAGUGGGCUGGGAAAAAGCCUACGACCCACAAGUCGGGAGCUAUUAUGUGGACCACAAUACUCAGCGCACUCAGAUAGAGGACCCGCGGGUGCAAUGGCAGAGGGAGCAGGAGAGCAUGCUGAAGGACUACCUGGGCGUCGCUCAGGACUCCCUGGUGGCUCAGAAGCAGAUUUUCCAGGUGAAGGAGCAGAGGCUGCAGCUCGCCCAGCAGGAGUACAGGCAACUCAGCGAGGCAUGGAGGGACAAAUCGACCUCCCAGACCAGCUUAAAUUCAGGAUCCUCCUCCAGCAGUAAGUAUGACCCUGAGAUCCUCAAAGCUGAGAUUGUGACAGCAAAAAUCAGGGUUAAUAAGCUUAAGAGAGAUCUGUCCUGUAUGCGUCAGGAACUCCAGUAUAAAGAGCAGGGCUAUGAAACACUGAAAGGGAUUGAUGAGAAGUUGUCCGGCGCUCCGUGUGGAUAUCAACUAGACGAAGCACAGGCUAUUCUGAACGAGGUCAAAUCCAUCAACAAGGCAAUCCGUUCAGGGGAGAAAGAGAAGCACGAACUCCUGCAGACCCUUGCCAGGCUCAAGGAUGGAUUCCAGAUCGACUCUGGGUCUCACUCGGACCUCUGGGCCAGCAGCUCUUCCCUAGCUGAUUCCAAGCUGUCCAUUCCUGCACUCUGCUCGGAUGCAGGGUCACAGACUGACAUCGCAGGAGAUGUUGUAUCUGUCAAUAACAAUAAGCUGGCUGAGAAGGUCCGAGUAAGCCUGAAGUAUGAAGAUGCUAAGAGGAGGAUCGCUAACAUUGAGGUGCAGAUAGCAAAGCUGGACAGCGAGGCUUGGCCUGGCUUAAUGGACCCCGAGAGAGACCGGCUGAUCUUAAUAAACGAGAAAGAGGAGCUUCUGAAAGAACUGCAGUACACCAAGCCUUGCCAGCGAGCUCCGUGUGACGCUGCGCGGCUCCAAACGGAGAGAAAGAGGCUGGAGAAGGACCUGCAGACAGCCAGGGCCAGUCAGAGUAAAGCACUGACGGAAAGAUUGAAGUUGCAUUCCCAGAGGAGUAAAUUAGUCAGAGAGCUGGAAGAAACUGCGCGACUGGCCUCCUCGCUCCACUCCCAGCUGAAAAGCCUCUCUGCCAGCACUCUGUCCUGUUCCUCGGGCAGCAGUCGGGGGUCUCUGAGCUCCAGCAGAGGUUCUCUCGCCACCUCCAGCCAGGGCUCCUCUUCCUCGCUCAGCUUCACAGACCUGUACCUGGAGCAGCUGGAGCCGGCCGACUGGGACUACCAGUACAAGCUGGACCUCAUGCUGCAGGAGGGGACCGCUGGCUUCCGGCCGUCCAGCUCCAUCACAACCAUCCACGAGAACGAGGUGAUAAAGACCCCCAACCUGGACCCCAGCUCCCGGGUUCAGGCUCUGCGUCUGUCCAUGAGCUCGCUGUCUCCGAGGUCCUCCCUGUCCUCCCUGUCCCCACCCUGCUCACCGCUGGUGACGGACUCUCACUUCUUGUCUGGAGACGGCUUCCUCAGCCAGGGCGGCGCUGGACUCAAUCAGGAGGCACAGAGCAGGCUUGCGGAGCUCCGCUUGGAAAACCAGGAGAGCCGGGGAGGAGAUGCAGGACCUGUCCCCCCGGAUCACUACAGCGGCCAGGAGCCCGGGGUCAAACAGCAUGCUGUCCGUCGAGAACAACUGAAAGAAGCUGUGGCCCAAGCGAAGAUGCUGGGGCCCGUGUUGAGAAAGCCAGGGGUUUCUUCAUCAGUGUCUGAUGAAUCAGUGGCUGGAGACAGUGGAGUGUACGAGCCGGCAAAGACACGACCCAGCCAGGCAUCCGAUGUGUUUCACGGUGAUGAAGAAGGAGGAUCUCGGGGCACUGCGCAGAUACAGCUGGGAAUGCAGUACGACGCUAAAGAGAAGAGAUUCGCACUGCUUCUAAUUCAGAUUCGCAGCGCCACAGCGCUAGCAGUGCCACCAGAGGAGAAAGUGUAUGUCCGUGCCGCGGUGCUCCCCUGCUCCGAAACCACCAUCUGUCUCUUCCGAAGCAGGCCUCUGUUCCCCUGUGAGAGCCUGCAGUUCAGUGAGGUGUUCUGGGUCUCUGUGUCGCACAGCACUCUGCGACAGAAGACUCUGAAAGUGGACGUCUGCUGCACGACUCGAUCUCAUCGGGAGGACUGCCUGGCUGGAGCGCAGAUUAGUCUUGCUGAAGUGAGCAGCCUUGGGGAGAGGUCUACAAGCUGGUACAACCUUCUCAACUACAAGGACGUGAAGGAGCCCAGCAAGCAGCUCACAGACACGGAGGGAAAGGGUUCUGUCUCUGAUCUCCUGGAGGAAACUGCAGCAGAGCUGGAAGCUGUAGAGAAAAGGGCGGACGGUACAGAAAACACACCGACUGCACAGGAGGAGUGGCACAGGCAGCACUUAGAGGCUGAAUUCUGGGCGGACGGGGGCUGCAGUGAGGAGGAGGAGGAGGAGGAGGGAGGAGAGGAGGAGGAGGAGGAGGAGGUGGGACGAGAGGAGGAGGAGUCUGGCACAGAAACAGCUUCAGAAAAGGUGGAUAAAGAGACCAACACUGACAGCAUUGCACAGUCUGCUUCAGCGGUGCGCCCCAAGGAGAGGCGAGCCCCCAUUGCCCAGCAGAACCCCUUUGUUAGAGGAAGCCCAAUCAUCCGCUCAAAGACAUUCUCUCCCGGGGCCCAGAGUCGAUAUGUAUGCAGGAUAAACAGAAGCGACAGUGAUAGCUCCACCCUGUCCAAGAAGGGGGCUUUUGUUCGAAACGCUUCCGAGAGACGCAGCGUCUGGGUGAAGAAGCCUCUGCUUAAAGCGAAGGCUCAGGAGGGCGGGCUGAUGCGCACAUCCCUGGAUUUGGAGCUGGACCUGCAGGCGUCCCGGACCAGGGAGAGCCGGCUCAAACAGGAGAUCCUGGUGCUGCGGGAGAUGAAGGAGCAGCUGGAGCAGGCGAAGGCGUUGGGGCACACGGAGCUGCCCGAGUGGGUCAACGAGGACGAGAGGUUCAAACUACUCCUCCGACAAGCAGAGAAACAGACUCCAGGAGAGCACACGCAGGAGCAGCAGGUGGAGAGGAUCAUGAAGACGGCCGCUAAGGACGUGCACAGGAUACGAGGGCAGAGCCACAAGGGGGAUCUGGAGGUGCAGAGUUUCCGAGAGAAGAUGGCAUUUUUCACCAGAGCGAAGAUUAAUAUACCCGAUCUACCUGUGGAGGAUGUUUAAAGCUCUUCAAGUGUUUCAGAGUUCAACUGCUAUAUUUCACGCAUACCCACAUUGAUUUUAUUUGUAGUGGUUUUAUGAAGAAAAGAAAUAUGUGUACAUUGGAAAUCGAGGCUCACCCUUUGAAUGUACAGAUUUAUUCUAGUUUUAUUUGUCAUUUGUUAGGCUGUGUAUAGUUUUUGUAUAAAAUGCACAAAGAACAAACAGUUUGAACUACUUUGUCACUUGUACUAUUAUUUUAUUGUGUUUUUUGUUAGUUUAACAUGAUUGGUAGAGUUAAACCCUGUCUUAUUUAACUGUAGAAAAGAAACUGAAACUGGUACCAAAACAUUUGAACAACAAUUGAAAGGAGGGAGAAGUGAGCUGCAGCAGCGAUGUGCAUCUCGUUAAGAGGAGGGAGAAGUGAGCUGCAGCAGCGAUGUGCAUCUCAUUGAGAGAAGUGAGCUGCAGCAGCGAUGUGCAUCUCAUUGAGAGGAGAGAGGUGAGCUGCAGCAGCGAUGUGCAUCUCAAGUCUUGUGGGAUUUCUUACAGGAGAGUAUGAAACUGAGCCAUUGCAAAACUGAACACCAAGUGUUCCAAUAGGGAGCAGCCAUUCUCAGUCCCCAACUACUGGCAAGCACAAGACUCUGUGAUGAUCACACUGCUGUGCAGCACCACAACAAAUGCAGAAUUGCCUUUGCUAUCGAUAUUACAUGUAUGUAUGUAUAAAUCUGUGUUUCAUUGGAUCAGAAAUAAGACUCCCAUUGCAUAGCAGUUUGAUACA